AUGUGGGCGAAGCUCAACCAAUCUAUGCUAGAGGGUAAUGAGGAGGGAGGAGAGGGCUUCUUGGAUGAAGAAUCUGACGGCUUUUGUGCUCUCUCUGCUACUCAGAGAAUGUACGGGUUUGCAGCUUGUUUGUUGGCUGGUCUGGUUUGUAUGUUCCUGUCAUUGAUUGUCUUUGCCAAACCCAUCAAAUUUGCCGUUUUGUUCACCUUUGGCAAUUUGUUGGCAGUUGGAAGCACAGCCUUCCUCUUUGGCCCUGGACAACAAAUGAGAAUGAUGUUUGAUUCUGUCCGAGUGUAUGCAACAGCUAUUUACCUUGGAUGUGUUGUUAUAGCACUCAUCUGUGCUCUCUGGAUCCAUAGCAAGAUUUUAACAAUAAUUGCAAUCAUAUGUGAGGUCUGCGCCCUUAUUUGGUACAGUUUGAGCUACAUUCCUUUUGCUCGAAGAAUUGUUUCGAAUUUGAUGAUUCGUUUAUUCGACACUGAGCUUUAG